AUGGUGAUGUCACAGACAGGAGCCAAUCAAGCUGCGAAGCGCUCUAUAAAGUACGAGUCCGUUCUCCGUUUGAAAGACAUCCAGGGAAGUUACUCGGACAAUUUCUCCAACAAAAGUUGUGGAGAAGACGGAGCAACAGUUCUAGUCAUGGCAUUGAUGAUACUGCCUUUCGUUGGUGCACUGUCCGUGUUUGAGGGUUUGAUAGCCCUGAUGACACUCUGUGUGGUCUACCUUACCCUCAAGCAUUUCCGCACUGAGGUCCCUGAGGGACUUCGUCCUCUCCCCGGCCCCAAGUCGCUGCCUAUCAUCGGGAACUUGCUGGAACUUGGCAGCAAGCCUUACCUGAGCCUGACUGAAAUGGGCAAGCGCUACGGUGACAUCUUCCAGAUCCAGAUUGGCAUGCGUCCCGUCGUUGUUCUCAGCGGUAGCGAAACAGUUCGACAGGCUCUCACCAAACAAGGGGACGAUUUCGCCGGCAGGCCUGAUCUUUACAGCUUCCGCUUUAUCAACGAUGGCAAGAGUCUGUCCUUCAGCACUGACAGUGCCGGUGUGUGGAGGGCCCGCAGAAAGCUGGCCUACAGCGCCCUUCGCUCCUUUUCCAACCUGGAGGGCACCACCCCAGAGUACUCUUGUGUGUUGGAGGAGCAUAUCUGCAAAGAGUCUGAGUGUCUGAUCAAAGAGCUCGACCAUAUCAUGAAGACUGAGGGGAGCUGCGACCUUUUCCGCUACGUUGUCGUCUCUGUCGCCAACGUGAUCUGCGGCAUGUGCUUCGGACGACGUUACGACCACCACGACCAGGAGCUGGUGGGCUUGGUGAACCUGACGGAGGAUUUCGUCCAAGUCACAGGCAGCGGCAACCCGGCCGACUUCAUCCCUGCUCUCCAGUACCUGCCCAGCAAAUCAAUGACGAAGUUUGUUCAGCUCAACAAGCGUUUCACCAGCUUCGUUCAAAAGCUUGUCAGCGAACACUAUGUCACUUUUGACAAGGACAACAUCCGAGACAUUACCGACUCCCUCAUUGAUCACUGUGAGGACAGGAAACUGGAUGAGAAUUCUAAUAUCCAGAUGUCAGAUGAGAAGGUUGUUGGAAUUGUCAAUGACCUGUUCGGGGCAGGUUUCGACACCGUCUCGACUGCUCUGUCAUGGUCUAUGAUGUACUUGGUUGCUUACCCAGAGAUAGAGCAGAGGCUUUAUGAAGAAAUAAAGAACAAUGUAGGCCUGGAUCGCUCUCCAAUCCUCUCUGAUAGGAACAACCUACCCCUUUUGGAGGCUUUCAUGCUGGAACUCUUUCGCCAUACCUCAUUCCUGCCCUUUACAAUCCCACACUGUACCACAAAAGACACAUCUCUGAAUGGCUACUUCAUUCCCAAAGACACCUGUGUCUUCAUCAACCAGUGGCAGAUCAACCGUGAUCCUGAGCUGUGGAAAGACCCAGAAUCCUUCAACCCAGACCGUUUUCUCAGUGCUGAUGGCAGUGAGGUCAACAGGCAAUAUGGAGAGAAGGUGAUGAUUUUUGGCUUGGGGAGACGCCGCUGCAUCGGCGAAGUUAUCGCACGGAAUGAAGUCUUCCUGUUCUUGGCAAUUUUUAUUCAAAGGCUCAAAUUCCACAAAUUGCCCGGAGAGCCACUGGACAUGACCCCAGAAUAUGGCCUCACAAUGAAACACAAACGCUGCAACCUGAGAGUCACACUGCGAGAAAAGGAUCAGCAAAUGAGCUCGGAUUGGUUGGGCAGCCUGGUCUCCAUAAACUGCGGGGUGACACUUGGAGUGUACCAGGGAAAGGUGUCAUGUGUUGAUCGCGCCAGUCAAACCAUCUCACUGAGACAGCCCUUCCACAAUGGAGUCAGGUGUCCUGUUCCUGAAGUCACCUUCAGUGCCAUGGAUAUCAAGGAGCUGAAAUUCCUUGAUAUUCAAAACACAGUCAACCAGCAAAGCUCUGGACAGGGAUUAGCAACAGGUUCCAGCAUCACAUCAGGAGGAGAACGUGGUCAGGGUAACAGAGCCACUCUCUCCAAUGACGCCGCCAACUUUGGCUCUGCUCCAAUCACCAUCUUACGCAGAGGGUCAUCUCACGGCAGAGGCUCGACACACGCCGCGCAGAGGAGGAACGGCGUGAGGAAUGGAGGCGCCAGCGGGCCAGUGAGGUCAAAGGAUGACGAGUGCUUCGGGGCCCGGACCGACGUGGACCUGGACACUGACUUUGACUUUGAAGGAAACCUGGCCCUUUUUGACAAGGCCGCUGUCUUCUCCCAGAUUGAUGGGUCCAGUGGUGCCAGCAACAAGGCACAGCAUCAGAGCACGCAGGCCGAGCAGAGACCCCAGUCUUAUCGUCAUGAUCAGAACAUUCUGGAGGGGAAGCCUGUUAUAUAUAGACAGAUAACAGUACCUCUGCAGGGGGGUAAAGAGUACUUUACUGAUUCAGGCCUGGUGGUUCCCAGCAUCCCCUAUAGGCUUCAUAAGCGCCUACUGGAGGCUGCUGAGCGUUGGGGCCUGUCUGUUAAGCGCAGGCUGGAGACCAUCGGUGUUUGCUCCAGCCAGAUGGCUCUGUCGCUGCUUGGUGGACCGAACAGGCUCAACCCCAAAAACAUCCACCAGAAGCCUCUAGUCAUCCUCCUGUGUGGGCCCCACCUCCAAGGGGCCCAAGGCGUCAGCUGCGGCAGACACCUGGCCAACCACGAGGUGGAGGUCAUCCUGUUCUUGCCCCACUCUGUCAAGACGGAGGAGUCUGUCAGCGGUGAGGUCAGCCUCUACAGCAGGACGAGUGGGGUGCAGGUGGCCAGCGUCAACGAACUACCUGCAAGUCCAGUUGACCUCAUCAUUAACUGCCUUGACAGCCAUGAAAACCCACAGCUGAGGGAGCAGUCCUGGUACCAGUCAGCUGCUGACUGGGCCAACAGGAACCGGGCUCCAGUCCUAAGUAUUGAUCCUCCGGCCAGCGAGCAGGCCGUGGAGGCCAAGUGGACCCUGUGUUUAGGACUCCCACUACCUUUAGUUGGGAGCGAGAGCAGAAUCUACCUGUGUGACGUUGGCAUUCCCAAAAUGGUUUAUCAAGAACUUGGGAUCAGCUACCACUCACCCUUUGGGUGUAAAUUUGUCAUCCCACUGCACCCGGCUUAGGCAUCGGGGGGUGGGAGGCCUGUUUUUCCAGGGAGCCAUGAGCAUUGCGGAGGAGCUACGUGACCAAAAGAAAUCUACAUAAGUAUUUCACACAUAUGGAAGCCUCUUAUGAAAGCCUGGCGGUGGCCUGAGCUCGGCGUUUGUCCGGUCAGCAGAUGCCACUUGUUGCGUGCGGCACCUCUUAUUUUUGAGAGGGAAAGGUUUCCUGCUCUCACCCUGCUUUGAUAAAGGGGUCUGUGUCAUUGUGAGCGUGUUUACAAAAUGCUGACCACUGAGUCUGUCUUUGACUUCUGACUCCUGUGUUCACUCAAAGCGACGGGACCACAGUUCCUGUUUCCUCGUUUAGGAUUCCAAGUGGAGUCUGGUUCUGACCCACUGACCCGGACACAACUCAACCUGUCUGCCACAGUUGAUGUUCAACUUAGUGUUAUUUCCAUUAAAUGUUGUGUAUUUCCUUCAAUCUGGUGCUUUCUGUGAGGCACUGUACAAGUUGUAGCAUUUAAUACGGAUAAUAUUUUGUAGAGUUUAUAUUUGUAUUUAUAUUUUGAUUGCAUCUCAGGAAUGAUGCAGCACACCUUCAGAUUUGAGCAUUAUCCUGAUGGUCUUAGCCACUAACACUGAGCGUGAAGAGGAGGGGGUGGGUUCAACUUUAUGGAUUGCAGCAGUUUGGGAGUAGAAAAAAACUUUAUAUGGAACCUUUUUCUAGCGUGAUUCUUAACCAGCAGAGGGUUUGUGAGUUUGGCACGUCUUUGCAUUGUUCACUUUGUGCUGACUUACAUAUUUUAUUUAUUUAAUUUUUGUAUUUUUUCAAAUAUUUCUGAGCACAUUUAACAUUUCCAAUAUUGUGACAGUUUGCGACAAAGAAGUGACCUUUUUUGUUUUACAAAGCAACAAGCAAUAUGUUAUUUAAAAAGAAUGACAGCUUCUCAGAAAUUUAAGGAACCCAUCUCCAGACAUUUGCCCAUGACGGCAGGUAGAACAAGGCAGAUUAGAUUCAACUUGAUAAUUUAUUGCGUCUGCAACGUUAAAAAAUCUGUAUAUAAAAGUAAAUGAAUUGUAAAGAAAUGUACCGUAAGCCUCCACUCGGUAAUAAAACGGUGGCUGCAGAUUAUUUUCUGUACAUUCUCCAAACUACAAUUCUUUGUCUCUUAAAGUGUAGCAAAGAUCGACUGGCUGUAAAAUGUGAUCACUGUUAUGAUCAGGUGAAGGUGCUGUAAAGAAAGACGUCCACUGUUGGUUUACAAAUGUUAUUUUGGGGGCAAACGAAUAGAAGUUUCAAUAAAAACAAAGUGCAUUAAAGAAAUGGGU